UAGCAGAUGGCCAAUGUGGUAAAGGAUUGUGGAAAAAAUUUUAAUGAAAGGCGAUUUAAAUAGAUUUAUGUAUAAGUAUGAAGUUUUACCUCCACUGCAAUGAGCCUGAAGUAACUACAGUUUUUAACUGGGAUCUAGAAGAUCUUACUGUGCAAAAUGCAGUUGAUAACUUCCAGACAAAACUGAAUGAAACCACCCCGGAAUUGAAAGUUACAGUUGUUAGAGACUGCCAUGGUAAAAAUGUAUCUUUCACGAAGAAGUUAUCAGAUGCUGUUAGUAAAACCAAAAAUGAUCUGUUUGUUAUUGUUUCAAAGACAGCAGAUAUUGGAGAUGAUGGUCAUGAAAUUGAAAGAUGUCAUAUAGUUGAGAAGCAGGGAUCUAGCACAUGCAAGUCUUUACACCAGACAAAUGGUGAAAGUAAUGAUCUCAAAACUAAAGAUAAAAACAUUAUAGAACAAUCAUCAACUCAACAGAAACUAAAUGCGGCCGUGAUCCACAUGGGAAAUGAAAGGUAUAGAAAAGCAAUAGAAAUAUAUGUUGAAAUCUUAAAGCAAGAAGGUGCAAAUAGGUCAGCGCAUGAAGGAUUGAUUGAUGCAUAUUUAAGAGCAGACAGAUACAAAGAGGCUAAUGUUGCACUUAAGAAAGCUUUUAAAGUGUAUCCGAAUGACUUGGUUUUUCUAAGAUUAGCAGGGGAAGCAUAUAUUGGAUGUAAGGAUGGUGAAGCUGCAGUAGAAAUGUUGAUGAAAUGUGCAAAACUAGCUAGAAAUGAGGGAGGAAUGGGCAAAGGAAGCAAGCAGGACCUUCAGGUUCUUAUGGCAAAGGCAUACCUCAUUAAAGAUGAAAAAGACAUGGCGAUAACCAUUCUGCAGGGUGUUCUGCGUGAAAAUAUGGGGCAUGAUGAUGCACUUACAGAGUAUGCUAGUCUUCUUUUUCCUAUUGGUACUGGUCAGGCAGAGGAAGCUGUGUCUGUCAUUCUAGGGGUUCUAGCUAGAAAACCGAAUGACAAAAGAGCAAGGGAAGUAUUUGCUAAAAUGAUGAGUGAAAAAUCUGGAAUGAAAGUUCUAAGGCAAGUAGCAUCUGGUGUAUUUCUUGACUCAGCGGCUUUGGUCUUCCUGGGUUCUUGUUUGAGAGAUCAUAGUGUUCUUAAAGAAAGUCUUGAACUAUUUGAAGAAGCUCUUAAAGUUGAUCCUAAGAAUCCCAGUAUUGCACUAAUAUAUAUUCAUACAUUAGAACUCGUCAACACACCAUCGAAGAUCUUUGAGGUUGUUACAGCAUUUUUAAACGGGUAUGGAUCAAAAUGUUUGGGAAAUGUACCAUGCUCCCUUUUUCAUCGUUACUUCACUUCUGUUGUAUCACUUAUUGGUAAUGAAACACUGCAGGACAUUGACACUCUGGAACAUUUAUUUGUUGACAGUUUUGACAUUUCUGAUGACAAACAAUAUGAACAUGUAUACAGUGAGGAUGAAAGAUAUUUCUUAGCCAUACUUUUCACAACUGUGAAGGUUAUGUAUGUUUUGGGAAACUUGGAUCUAUUGAAGCCACUGUUGAAUGUGCUAGAGCCUCUGUAUUUGGGUAGAGAACUGCACAAGACCAACAUCAGAAAUGAGGCAGCUUAUUUCAACUGCAUCAAUGAGGGAAUGAAGUUGUUUCCAUUCAUUCCUGCUGUAAAGAAAGUUCCAGAGGAAGAAUAUGUCUACCUGUUAGGGGACAGUCAUUGCAUUCCAGCAGCAUGGAGACAGAUUCAAAUUCAGGACAGAUCCACGAUGAUAAAACCUGCCUUGUCCACUGGAACAAAGAUUUGGCAUCUACGACAAGAGAGUACCUUUUACCCUAAAGCCAACUUCAUCUCUGCUGUUGAUAACAUUCCAUAUGACUCAACUGUGAUAGUUUGUUUUGGAGAAAUAGACUGCAGAGAAGCAUUAUUGAAGUGCUGGGAGAAAGCAAGGUAUGACCGGAUUGAAGAUGGCAUGGACACAAUUAUAACGAUAUAUGUGCGUGUCCUCAAGGAACUUCAGGCCAAAAGAGGUUGGAAAAUAUUAGUCCAUCCAGUGAUGCCUGUACUGGACGUCACUCGUCCAAUUGUGAUGCAGUUUAACAGGAUCUUGGCUACCAGGCUGCUUGCUGAACCUGCUCUGUACUGGUUGAACUUCGUAAAUGAACUGCUCACUGAAGAUGGACAAGCGUUAAAACCAGAGUUUACAUUUGACGGAACACAUGCAAAUCCAAGUUACGUUCAAUUGUUAGCUGAGUCUUUAAGCCAGGUCAUUGACAAUUGAGUUUUUUAAUCAACAUGUCCACAAUACUGAAAGAUCAUUAUCCUCAUAGUAUAAUGCUAUAAAGAUUUUUCAUGCAACAUAUCAAUAAAACUUUUUCCUUUAUUGUUAGUACUAUGCCUCUUUUUACCAAGCAAGUUGAAAAUGGAAUUAUUCAGCAGAUUCAUGUAUAUUUUUGCAUUUACAUGAACAUGUAUUUCAAAUUCAGUGGUUCACUGUUAAAUAAUCUAGUUCCAUUGUUUGGAAUGUUCUAUUUAUUCUAUAUUCUUUUAGAACUUGAGAGAAAGUUUUUGAUGAUUUUGUGGUAUUUUAUGGAACAUUCUUAUUUGGUACAUGGGCAAACUUCUCUGAUCUUGGGUCUUUGGAUAAAAUUAAAGUUUCAAUAAAAGUUUCACCAGUGCUAAACUUUUGGAUUUUAUUUGUCUCAGGAUUACAUUUCAACUGUUGUGGAAAUUGUUCUGAGUGUUGUGCCCAUAUAGUUUCAGUAUUUCAUGUAGAUUUAAUUCUGUGGACAUUAAAUUACUAGUUCACUGAAGAUAUUUUUGGACAUUUUAGCCAAUAGGUAAUAUUUAAAUAUUAGCAUUACUUAGUUGAAAUUUGUUUUGUAAAACUGUUUAUUAGUGAAUAUAUUGUGUUGUUGUUUAGUUUGUUACUCCAGGUUUCUUUUUUCUUUGAUGAGUUUGGUGGUUGUAACAGCUAGAAUGCAUGUAUACAUUCUAGUAUUUUUUCUGCUGUUAUUUCAAAUUUUAAGUUCUAAAGCUUUGUGCAGAAUGGAACUUGAUUUGAAUCCCUUUCAGAAAUAUCUGACUGUAUGUUUCACUUUAAAAAAUAACAUUCACCAGUGUGAAUUGUUUUUAUAACUCUUAUAAUUCAAUAACAGACCAUUGUUAUAAUAAUAAUUGUUAAAACAUACACUCAAAUAAAUUUUUAUCGACCUCUGGAGAUAUAAACAUGUGUAUAUUUUGGCAAUUCAAUUCUUAACAUGAAUUAUACUUAAUGAACCUGCAUGUUUUGCUCUUUUUCUGGUGAUUUCUUUCUUAGACAGGUAUGGUAUUGGUAUAUUUUUGUUGCUAUGCCCCCAAAGGGCAGCAUAUAGUUAUCAAACUGUCUGUCCAUUCCCUUUGUUUUUGAUCAAAUUAUUCAAAAAUGCUUAGCCACAGGAACCUCAAACUUGGUAGGCAGGUUGGUAAUGACUAGCAUAUGAACCCUUUUGAUUUUGAGGUCAAAGGUCAAGGCUGAGUUUUUGAAUGGAAUCUGUUUUUAUAUUUAAGUAAUAGCGAUAUUCAAUAUACAUACCCAAACUGCAAUCCCAAGUUUCUUCUCCACAAAAGCUUGCCACAUACCAAAUUUCAUUUCUGAACAUCACUCCUAACUAAAAGUAUCAAGCGUUUUUUUUUUAUGUGUUCAUGACAGUGACCUUGAUAAUGACUUCAUAUGCACAAAUGCAUUCCGAGUAUAUAUCUCCAUGUGAGCUAGCUUAUACCAAUUUCAUUCAUACAUGUCACUAAUAACUUAAGUUCUUGAAAGGAAUCAUUUUAUACUUUUAGUAACGGUGACCUAGACAUUACAUGCAUGUUAGUAUCCAUGUAAUUUUCAAUAACUUAAUGUCAGUCCAAACUUCACAUGUAAUGUUAUUGAGUGGAAACCAUUUCAUUUUUUUUUAGUACUAGUGACCUUGACUCGGCAUACCCCAAAUGCAAUACUAAGUGAGGUAUGUCACCACAAUUUAUUGAGUGGAAACCAUUUUUCUUAUUUUAGUAACCUUGGCCUAGAACCACCAUACCAUUAGACAUGAAGUUCCAUCACGUCAUUCCAAACUUAGGAUAUCGAGUGGAAAAACAACAGUUUGAAGCCUGCCUGGAUAACCAAAACCUCGUUCUUAAAACUUGUCUUUCAUUAAAAACCAGGUUAAUAAAAACAUGUAAAUAACCAUCAUAGUUAAAUUGCAAAGCAGUUAUUACCGUACACAGAACUUGCAAUCACUUUUUGACAUAUCUGAGACCUUUGUAAGGUUGUGUUGUUUCCUGAACCUUGGACAAUGAAUGUUGUUUUUAUGAUUUGCUAAUCUAUCCCAGUUCCAAAAAGAUGAAGAGUUCUGUCAGGAACAAAACAGGAACAUUACAUUUUAUUUGUUGAUGUAGUUAGAAUGUCUAAUUUUAUUAUUUAGUUAAAUGUGAUAUAUAUUACACUUAAUUGCCAAUAAUUGUGUUAACUGUUUUUAAUGUCUUAUCAUAUACCAAAAUAAAUAUGCAUUUAGUCAA